AUGAAAUCCAUCGUUGAAGAUUACGUGAAGCCUUGCAUUCAGUGUCAACAAUUUAAUAUUUCUCGUCAGAAAAAGCCUGGCAAAUUACAUCCAAUUCCACCGCCAUCUGGACCGUUUCAACUUAUCGGUAUCGACUUUACAGGACCUUUUGAUCGUACUCCAAACGACAACCGUUACGUUUUAUCAAUAACCGAUUAUUUCACUCGUUGGGUUACCGCCAUAGCGUUACCAAAUCCUUCUGCUCAAGCCACUGCCGAAGCUAUUUUCAAGGAUUAUAUGUGUCGUUACGGUGUGCCAAUUACAAUAUUAAGUGACCAAGGCUCGCAUUUUCGUAAUGAGCUUCUGCAAACUUUAGAACCUAAAAUUGAAAUUAAUCACAUUUUCUCUUCUGUAUACCAUCCACAAAGUAACGGUGGUGUAGAACGUUUUAACGCCACAUUUGUACCACAACUGGCAAAACUUCAAGAUCGCCAGAAAAAUAAUUGGGAUGAAUUCUUCCACGCCGUAGUUUUUUCGUAUAAUACUGGUAAACAUCAUACAACCAAUUAUUCUCCAUUUGAACUUCAAUUUGGCCGUAAACCCCGACUCCCAACAGAUAAACCAUUAUCGAAAUUAGUACCUACUUUCAACAAUUAG